CAGUGCGAAAUAAAAAGAUUCUAUGAAUUUUAUGACAAAUUUCUGUUUGUUGCCUAUAUUAAAUAUGAGGCAUAUAUAAUGAUCUUUUGCUUUUCUACAAUCUAUCUGUUUCUAAAAGCCUAUGUGCAUAUAUUUCUUAUCUUAUGUUUAUUCUUGAUAGUUGCUGAACUUUCAAUUAUUAUCCUAAAUAAUGGGCAGAAAUCAGAAGAUCAGUGGGAACUAUUCCAUUUUAAACUCUAUGAUUUACCAUGGUAUACGUGGAGUAAGGAUAACUGCAGAACUCUCCUUAUGAUGAUAACAGAGUCCGCCAAAGUGGAGAAGAUUGUUAUUAUUAAUGAACUGGCUUGUAAUCAUGCUUUAUUCGUUGCGGUUUGGAAGUUAGGGUACACAGUUAUUAAUGCUAUAGUUAGUUUAAGUAAAAACUAGUAUUUUUCUCGGAAAAAUAUAUGUUUAAAAAUAUCUUAAUAUAA